AUGUACUUUUAGAAUUAGAUCAUAAAGCACUUAAAGAGUUGAAAAUCAGCUCAAUUGGAGAUCGCAUAAGACUUUUAACGGCAGUGAGACGCCUUAUAAACAUCUCUGCUAAGAACAAUUAUAAUCCACGAUUAGACAUCUCUAG